CGGAGGACUAGUGCGCGAGCUGCGCUGAUGACGCUAACAUCCGCCUCCAGGUGAGGUCAAGCAUAGCGGAAAACGGAAGCGCAUUGUUGACAGGUGGACAGGGGGUGGAGAAAUAAAAUAAAACAAACAACAAUAAUAAUAAAUACAUAUACACAUCCUAUAUGUCCGACGUACGACGGUGAGAGAGAUGGAUCUAAACAAAACGGUGUUAUGUGAGAGCCUGAUUAUUUGGAUGCAAACCUUUAACACUGCAGCACCAUGUAAGACAGUGGAGGAUCUGACCUCUGGUGCAGCUAUGGCACAAGCUCUGCAUCAGAUAGAUUCGUCCUGGUUCAGUGACAGCUGGCUGACCCGGAUUAAGGACGGCGUUGGAGAUAAUCUGAGACUCAAGUUGAACAACCUUAAGAAGAUCCUGCAGAUGAUCAUUGAUUUCUAUAACGAGGUCCUGAAUCAGCAGAUUUCAGGCUCCAUGCCUGAUGUAGUGCGUGUGGCUGAACACUCUGACAACGUGGAGCUCGGACGCCUCCUGCAACUCAUCCUUGGCUGUGCAGUUAAAUGUGAUCGGAAACAAGAGUAUAUCCAGAUCAUAAUGACCCUGGAGGAAUCUGUGCAGCAUGUUGUCAUGACAGCCAUUCAGGAGUUAAUGAGUAAAGAGUCCAUGACCCAAUUUGGUCCUGAGCCGCAGGGUGAUGUAGAACAUCAGCUGAAGAAAGCUCUGGAGGACUUGAGCCAGCUGAGUGCAGAGAAAGACGAGCUGGCUCAACGUUGUCAAGAGCUUGACAUUCAGGUGGCAAUUCUGCAGGAAGAGCAGAAUAGCCUAUUAGCGGAGAACGAUGUCUUGACGGAUCGAGCCAGCCAACUGGACUCCUUCGAUGAUCCCUGCACUCCAUCAGGGAAAAAACACAGUCAGCUCCAGCUCCAGAUAGAACAGCUUCAAGAAGAGAACUUCAGACUGGAGGCAGCUAAAGAUGAUUACCGUAUUCACUGUGAGGAGCUGGAGAAGCAGCUGGUAGAGCUUCAGCAUCGUAACGAUGAACUCACCAGCCUGGCUGAGGAGUCACGCUCGCUGAAGGACGAGCUUGAUAUACUGAGGAGCUGCUCUGAUCGGGCUUUGAAGCUUGAAGCCUCUGUGGAGACGUACAGGAAGAAGCUGGAGGAUCUUGGUGACCUGAGACGACAGAUGAAAGCUCUGGAAGAGAAGAAUAUGACUUACAUGCACAACACUGUGAGUCUGGAGGAGGAGCUUCGCAAAGCCAACGCUGCUCGUGCCCAGCUAGAAACGUACAAAAGACAGGUCCAGGAGCUUCACAGGAAGUUGUCUGAAGAGACUCGCAGAGCUGAUAAUCUGGCUUUCGAGAUGAAGAAGUUUGAGGAAAAUCAUGAAGCCAUAUUAAAGGAGAAAGAGAGGAUCAUCAUUGAGCGAGACUCUCUGAAAGAGAUCAAUGAAGAGCUCCGCUGUACACAAGCUCAGCAAGACCAGCUUCUGCAAGCAGAAAUGUAUAAGACUGGAAGUCCGACCCGGGACACCUUGGCAGCUGAGAUGUUGCCCAUUGAGUACAGGGAGAAGUUCAUUCGCUUGCAGCACGAGAAUAAGAUGCUCCGGGUGCAGCAGGAGGACUCCGAGAACGCGCGUAUUGCCGAGCUCCAGAUGCAGCUGGAGGAGGCACGGCGCUCACGUAGUGAGCUAGACACCGAGAACAGGUUGGACAGAGAGAGCAUCAUUGAGCUACAGCAGCAGGUUGAAGACUUGCAGAAAGCUCUCCAGACCCAUGGAGCCAAAUCUGAGGAUUCUCAUCUAAAGAAGAAGCUGGAUGCUCAUAUGGUUCAGCUGAAUGAAGCACAAGAUGAGAUCAUGAGGAAGAAGGAGCUGCUGGAGGACCUGCAGCCGGAUGCAUCUCAAACCUCACUGAAGAUGGAUGAACUGAUGGCUGCUCUGAAAAAGAAGGACGAUGACAUGCGUGCGAUGGAGGACCGAUACAAAAUGUAUUUGGAGAAAGCACGCAAUGUGAUCCGAGCACUGGACCCAAAACUGAACCCAGCCUCAGCUGAAAUUCAGUCCCUGAAGAACCAGUUGUCUGAGAAGGAGAAGAGAAUAAUUACUCUAGAGAGAGAGUGUGAGCAGGCUAAGCUGAGAGAGUACGAGGAGAAACUAAUUGUGACUGCAUGGUACAAUAAGAGCCUGAAUUUUCAUAAGCUGGCGAUCGAAUCUCGUCUGAGCGGCUGCGCGAAUUCUCUGGUGCCACCUGGCCAGUCGUUCCUGGCCCAGCAACGUCAGGUGACCAACGCACGGCGCACCAUGUCCAUCAACGUGCCUGCCGGCUCCUCCAAGUGAUGACUCGACUUUCCCAGAUAUAAAUCUGUUUUUUCUCUUUUUUCUUUUUCUUUUUCAAGUGCACACUUAAGUGACCUUAAACACACUGGACUCCUGAAUAAAGAUGCCAUAAUGUGAACGUUAGCACUUAGGAACAUCCCCCCAGAACCACCACCACCCCCAACACAUACAUGUGCACAUUUAUAAAGUGGAUGCAUGUGUGUGUGUGUGUGUGUAUAUAUAUAUAUAUAUAUAUAUAUAUAUAUAUAUAUAUAUAUAUAUAUAUAUAUAUAUAUAUAUAUAUAUAUACACACACACACACACAAAGACACACACACACACACACACGUGUGUAUAAUAUAUGCUUAAAGAAUCAAGCACAGGCUUAACACUACAGAAACAAUACACACUCAAGCACAGUAAGCUAAUUUUACACACUAUUUGCCAUGCACACUACAAUCUACAGCCUCUGCAAUUAGUUACCUAUGACACGCAGCACCAGCUGUAUUACUGGCUCGAUAUCUAUAUUUAUAUCAACAGUUCUGAUAUAUGACACAAAAUUCUGAGAAAAUAUCUCGAUAUUAUGCUUGGUAUGGGUUUAGCAUGCAUGUUAAAAACUCAACUGGACUUCCAGUAGCAUUCUAUGCAGUCAGCUAAUGUGUACUAGUAUACUGUAAGUAUGAAUACUACUAUUGCCCUGAAUGUGUGUGUGUGUGUGUGUGUGUGUGUGUGUGUGUAUAUGAGAGAGAGGGAGAGACAUAUGUUUAUUGACAUUUCAUUUAGUCUCUCAGCUUCCAUGCAUGUUCAUGAAGUCAGCUACAUUGAAUGAUCUGGAUAAAGCUUCAGGAAAAAUGCAUUUUUGGUGCUGGACACCGAAUGCUCUUUGUAAAACAAGAAUUAUUAUUACAAGAUGACUACUUUUCUUAUAAUUAAAUACAAAAAGUCAACAGCUCAGACACACUGAUAAAAAAAAUGUAGGUGCUACAGCCAGUCUUUACUCAACUAGAACAAGCUGUGUAUAUCAUGUAAUAUCCGUAAUAACUUUAUUUAAUACAAAGUUGGUCUGUGAUUGAAGUUGUGCAUGCUCUUCUAAACAGUCUGGCUUUAAUGUGUAAAAGUAUCAGAUAUCAGGAUUAAAUCACCAGCUCUCGGUCAUGGCUUCGUAGCCCACUUGUCCUUAUUAGAGGGUGAAAUGUUAUGGCCUUUCUUUAAUUCUUCCUCUGCCUGAUUACUUUAGUUUCUGCCAGUAUCGUACAAACCGCAAUGGUUCUUACUUUUGCUCUCACCCUGGUUAAGGGCAAAGAGGCCUGUGUGUGUUGUUCAACAACAGAUUAGUAAACACUAAACACUGGAUUGUCUCAGUUUACACUCUUAAUGAUGAGUUCAGUUUCCUAAAUACUUAAAUCUCUACAUUCACUUUCUAUUUCAAUUAUUAUUACAUGGAAUAUAGGAGUUUUAUCCUUUAAUAGGGAAAAAAACACUUUGAAUGAUACAUAGGUAAAAUGAUAAAAAAAAAAAAAGAAAAGUAGGCUUUUAAAGUUCUAUACGUUAGUACUGAGUGUUAUAUGUUUUUGUCAAUCAUAAAGCUUAAUAAAGAAAAGAAAUGGUUAUAAUUAAUCUGUGGAUACCGAAAGCUUUGUUUUCUGCACCAAAAAAUAAAUGCACACAAUAAAGACAUGUUUGUGUA